AUGGGUGGUGAUUUUAUUACCUUGAUUAGUCAAAAUCUAUCUGAAGUAGACGAUAAUUCCUGGCUUAUCGGGAACAAAAUUCUGCUCUCACGGUCUGCUCUGUCAGAUUGUGCGUGGCGAGAUGGGAAGAGUGGUGGUUUUACCGUCUCCGAAGCACCACUACCUCUGCCAGAGACUCGACCACUAUCGGAUACCAGCGACAUUAAGUUAAUAUAUGAUGCUGGAGGCGUGUCUGCCGUCUUCAGUAUUGGCGACGCCUUCUGUAAAGUAAGGACCUUGGAUGUGCCAGAUGUAACGAGAGAGCACGUCACGCUGGCGUGGCUCCAACAACGACCUUGGAGUUUUGCGAUCCCCGAUGUUCUCUACCACGCCGAAUACGAUGGUCGAUAUUAUAUUGUGCUGAGCCGGGUUCCCGGAGAAACCAUAGACAGUAUGUGGAUAACCUUGGACGAGUCCAUGAGACAGCACUACGCAGAGAGGAUUGUUGAUAUCUGCCAGGAACUGGCGGUCCCUUCUGAGAAGAGCAGUAUCAGCGGUGUUGACGGUAACGCCCUCUCGGAACGAUAUCUGUGUGGGCGAAAGGUGGACUGCAGUCCCCAGAAUCUACGGAAGAGCUCCUUGGAGCUCGGUAUGGACUGUUCGAGUCUCGUAUUCUACCACUGCGACCUUGGCCCUUCCAAUGUCUUGAUAGACCUGGCCAAUGACUCUAUCGGCAUCAUUGAUUGGGAAACUGCGGGAUUCGUACCCGUAGAAUGGAUUAGAACAAAGUUCCGCAUUUCCAGUGGAAUGAAUCUUUCCAGCGGUGACGAAUUGGAUUGGAGAAGGAGGGUAAUGCUUCACAUGGGACAAAUGGGCUUUAUUGAUGUCGUAGAAAGGUUCAUCGCGUGGGGCAAAUGA